GUUGGGUUGUUGUUGCAAAACUAGUCAUUCUCUUCUCAUUCUCCAAAAUCAGAACCGUUUCCACUUCAAAGCGGCCAAACCUCAAUGCCAUUGGCCCUUUUCAUUUAACUCACAUCACAUUGCAUUUUUCUACGUCAACUCUUUCUUUCUUUUUCUCUUUCUCUCUAAACAAACAGAGCUUUUGUUUGGAAAACCCCACAUUCUGAUCCGACCUCAGUUAUUGUUCCCUUCCGUUCAUUAAUGGUCGCACCCUUGAUUAUUUCAUUCUCACGAAACAGCUUUUAUUUUUGUUUUCUGGGCACAUAUCGCUCUCUCUCUCUCUCCAUCCUUUUCAUACACCUACCUCUACCUACACCCAGAGAGAGAACACAUCGUGAUCCCUUCGUUUUUUUAUUUCAAAUUUUGCAUUUAAUUUUUUCCCGAUAAUAGUACGAAUUAAUGUAUCUUGCUUAUCAUUGAAUUCGGAAACUAUUUAAAAGCAGAAAAAGAGACCAAUUGAAUCUUCAGCGGCGUAAUCUGAGUUGAACGAGCUUAAAUUUUAUGAUUAAGGGGUUCAAGUAUUGUGAUACUUGGUAUAGAAAAACAGUGAAAGAAGGCAUUAGAAAAAUUAGGAUGAAAGGAAUGCCGAGAAGUAGAGACAAGGAUGACAGUGAGAAGCACAUGGGUUUGCUUAAACUCGUGCAAAUUCUCUCUUUUUUGGUUGUUUUCGUAGCGGGUGUGGUUUUCGGAUUAGUAACAACUUCGCAUUUCAGUCAGCAUAUUGUUUCGAAGGCAGAGAUCUAUUCUUUUAUCAAUCAUUUCUCCGCUGAUUCUCCUGAGGCUGAUAAGAAUGGUAAUUGUACUGUUGUGAGGGAUUGUGACAAGGAUGAAGAUUGUUUGAGCAUGUAUUCGGUUAUUAGGCCGAAGAACUUGACGCAUCAUAUGUCUGAUCAUGAACUAUUUUGGAAAGCUUCAAUGGUGCCAACAAAGGAAGAGUUUCCCUACAAGAGAGUUCCUAAAGUGGCAUUUAUGUUUUUGACAAGAGGGCCAUUGCCUUUGCUGCCAUUGUGGGAGAAGUUUUUUCAGGGGCAUGAGAAACUUUUCUCGAUUUAUGUUCAUGCUGUUCCUGGUUUUAAGCUCAAUGUUUCUAGUACAUCUCCCUUUUUUGGACGAGAAAUCCCAAGUCAGAAAGUUCAUUGGGGAACAGUAACACUGGCUGAUGCAGAGAAGCGUCUUUUAGCCAACGCCUUGCUCGAUUUCUCAAAUGAGCGUUUUAUUCUUGUUUCUGAAAGCUGCAUUCCUGUCUAUAACUUUUCAACUGUCUAUAAAUAUCUAAUUCGGUCAGCUCACAGCUUUGUUGAGUCAUAUGAUGAGCCUACUCGUUAUGGACGUGGUCGUUAUAGCCGCAGAAUGCUUCCUGAUAUUAAACUUUAUCAAUGGCGAAAAGGGUCUCAAUGGUUUGAACUUAAUCGCCCUUUAGCUGUAUAUAUAGUCUCAGAUACAAAAUACUAUACCCUUUUCAAGAAAUAUUGUCUGCCUGCUUGCUAUCCAGAUGAGCAUUACCUACCAACUUUUAUCAACAUGUUUCAUGGCUCACUCAAUUCUAAUCGAACUGUGACCUGGGUUGACUGGUCAAUUGGAGGCCCUCACCCGGUUACAUAUGGAGAGGCUAAUAUAACAGAAGAUUUUAUUCAAUCGAUAAGGAGUAAAGGGACACCCUGCCAGUACAAUUUGGGGACAACAUCUAUUUGUUAUUUGUUUGCUAGAAAGUUUGCUCCGACUGCUUUGGGGCCUUUGCUCAACCUCUCGUCACCAGUGAUGGGAUUUUGAAAAUUUUUGGUUCACACCAGUAACUUCUUAGUUUUCUUUCAACCCUAAGAUUCAUAGAUUUCGGCAGGGUUUUAUUGAAUAGCUAUAAUCAUUAGCAGUGUUCCUCUGGUCAUAUUUGUUUCCCAGAAAUGUACAGGUGGUAGGUUUUUUUAAUACAGAAUUUUGUUUUAUCCUUCACUUAGGGAAUCUGCUAUUCUUGCAUGGAUUUUGAGAAGAUAAAUUGGAAUGUCCUUCGAAGGAGGGCAGCAUAUAUUGGAAUAUAUAUAUAUAUAUUUAUAUUUAUAGUA